AUGGAACGGUUUGGGAUUCUCAAGUGGAGAAAUUUAGCGGUCGUUUUGGUCGUGGCGGUUGUAGCUUGGGGAGUCGCAUCUCAGAAUGUGGUGGGCUCUGCCGACGACGAUGGCGGCGACCAAGGAAGGGUUCAGGAAGCUUGGAAAUUUACUGCAUCUUCUGGGAGUUUAGACCAGCUUUCCAUGAUUGUCUUCUCUAAGAUUCGCCAGGCCGUUGGGCUUUGA